AUGACAGACCAGAAGCAAUGGACUGUUCAAGGACAUGCAAAAAAGUAUGAUGGAAUUCACAAAUGCUGCUUCACUUGUGAAAUCUGUCCAAAUGGAACUCAUGUAAACAGCACAGAGGAUCCCUACAAAUGCCUCAAAUGUAAGGAGACAGAGUGGUCUGCAGAAGGAAGCACAUCAUGCAGUCUGCGGGUGGUGGAGUACAUCCCAUUCACAGACAGUGGAGCUAUAGUGAUCAUGGUGUUGGCCUGGGUCUUGGUGGGUCUCACAGCAGCCAUGUCUGUUCUCUUUGCCAUCAACUACAACACACCUAUUGUCAGAUCUGCUGGGGGACUAAUGUGCUUCUUAAUUUUAGGCUGCCUCAGUCUUUGUAGCAUUAGUGUUUUCUUUUACUUUGAUAAGCCAACAGCUUCCUUUUGUGUCUUAAGGUUCUUGCCAUUUCUUUUGUUCUACAAUGUUUGUCUGGCAUGUUUUGUUGUUCGCUCCUUUCAAAUUGUGCAUUUUCAAAAUAGCUGCCAAAUUCCCCGAGCUCCAAACAUGGUGGUUGAAAUAUCACGGAAAAUGGCUGGUCAUCACUGUGGCAUUUGGCACUCAGGCGCUCUUACUUCUUAUUAG